AGUAUCGAACCUUCGGAACCUUGGGGCAAUCAAAAGUUUCAUGGAUGAAUGUGAGGCUUUAAGGAAUGUUCGACAUCGAAAUCUAGUCAAGCUGAUAACUUGUUGCUCAAACAUAAUCUUCCAAGGCAAUGAUUUUAGAGAGUUGGCUUCAUCAUGAUUUUGCUCAAAUGUUAGGCAUUGCUAUAGAUGUGGCCAAUGCACUAGAUUACCUUCACCUUUGUCGAACACUGAUCGUUCACCGAGAUCUAAAACCGGCCAAUAUUCUUCUCGAUGAUGACAUGGUUGCACAAGUCGGCGACUUCAGCACGGCAAAGCUCCUUUUCGAUGUUGAAAGUAAUCCGGAUAACGAGCAAACAACUUCCUCGACCAUCAAAGGAACAUUUGGGUACCUCGCCCCAGAAUACGGCAUGGGUGGUCGGACGUACCCGGAAGGCUAUAUUUACAGCUACGGGAUUCUCAUCUUGGAGAUGAUCACCUAGAAGAGGCCAACAGAUGGUUUGAUUACGGGAUGAACCUUCAUAGUUUCUGUAAGAUGGCAUUGCCAGAACAAUUGGAGGAGAAUUUGGAUUACCGAUUGAUCGAGCAUAUUAAAGA